GUCAUGACGCCACGGUCAGACAGGAGGAGUGGCCAGGAAUGUGAAGAUCGUUUUUAGCCACAUAUAUCUGCUUGAAGAAGAUUUUGUUCUUCACGGAAAAACGUUUACUCACUCAGACGGUGUUAAGCACAGUGAUGUCAAAGUACUGCUUCGAUCGGAAAUAAGUGUUUAACAGAUCUGAUGCAACAACAUGGCAACAUCACAUGUGAAUCGCUGUCUUGUAAGGACAAUCACGAGAUGUUUCCGGCACACUACUCGACAACCAAAUUUGAUGGCCGUAAGGCCUGUAGGACACUUUUCUAACUCCACCUCAGGAAAACGGGAAGAUGUAAGAGUACAUGAGAGCAGCCCGGCUGUUGUAGCGUCACAGCGGAGGUCAGGAGGUCACACCGGUCGCUUGAUGGCUGUGGCUUUUGGACUGGGACUCGGUGGAGCAACAGCCUUGUAUGCAUUAAGAGAAGGGGAUAAUAAAGAUGCCUUACAGGGGACAGCCGCUAUUAGAAAAAUGCUAAUUGACAGCUUAUUACCUACUGUCCAGUGUGCCUCCCCUUUUAAACCUGACAGCCCGCGGUACAAAUACAACUUCAUCGCAGAUGUGGUUGAGAAAUCCACUCCUGCUGUUGUGUACAUCGAGAUCGUUGGGCGACACCCUUUUUCUGGACGUGAAGUGCCUAUCUCGAAUGGCUCUGGCUUCAUCAUAAGUAGUGACGGCCUGAUAGUGACCAAUGCCCAUGUGGUUGCAAACAAGCGUGGUGUCCGUGUCAAACUGACCAAUGGAGAGACUUACAAUGCCACGGUCCAGGAUGUAGACCAGGCUGCGGACAUUGCCACUAUCAAAAUCAAUGCUAAGCAUCCCCUCCCAACGUUGUGUCUUGGUCAGUCAUCUGAUGUGCGUCAGGGUGAGUUUGUGGUUGCCAUGGGGAGCCCCUUUUCUCUAAAAAACACAAUUACAUCUGGAAUAGUCAGCUCCACCCAGAGAGGAAGUAGAGAACUGGGUCUGUCCAACCACAACAUGGACUACAUCCAGACUGAUGCUGCCAUAGAUUUUGGAAAUUCAGGAGGUCCCCUUAUUAACCUGGAUGGUGAGGUCAUCGGCAUCAAUACCAUGAAAGUGACUGCAGGGAUUUCUUUCGCGAUUCCCUCGGACAGAGUCCGCCUUUUCCUUGAGCAUGCUGCUGACAAACAGAAGUCCUGGUUUGGAGAAUCAGGAUCAAAACGGCGCUACAUUGGAGUUAUGAUGCUGACACUGACCCCCAGUAUAAUCGAGGAGUUGAAGAUGCGUGACCCGUCCUUUCCAGAUGUUACACAUGGAAUUCUGAUCCACCGUGUUAUUAUAGGUUCCCCAGCCAAUAGAGCUGGAAUGAAACCAGGGGAUGUUAUUGUUGAGAUAAAUGGGGCAAAGGUGAACACGUCAGACCAGAUCUAUAAUGCUGUGAGUACAAGCGACAGCUUAAACGUGGUGGUCCGCAGGGGUCACGAUCUCCUCAUGUUGCACAUGACACCAGAGUAUACAGAAUGACAUCAGCAUGAUGAAAAUGUAUGCAUUAAAAUGAGAGAUAGACAAAUGGUUCAGCUGAGGUUAAAUAGAUGACAAAAACAGAGAAAUGUAAAGAAAAUAGAGAUGAUUUUUCCAGAUGUGAGACUAUUAACAUAGUUGGGAGGUGUUUUAAGAAAGUACAAAUGUAUUGGAUCAAACCUGGGUCUAGUUUGUUUUGCAAAAGUGGAAAUUCGUGCAAUGUGAUUGAAAUGUUAUUUUAAAGAGAUAGUUCACCCAAAAAUUUAAAUUCUCUCGUGAUUUACUCACCCUCUUGCCAUCCCAGAUGUGUAUGACUUUCAUUCUUCUACUGAACACAAAGAAUUUUAUUAGACAAUUUCAGCUCUGUUUGUCUUUACAAUGCAAGUAAAUGGUGACCAGACAUUUUAAACGAUAUGAUAGUUGUGGGUGAGAAACAGAUCAAUAUAUAAGUCCUUUUUUACUAUAAAAUCUCCAUUUUCAUUUUCUUUCACAAUUUGAAAGUGAAAGGAGAGAUUUAUAGUAAAACAGGACCUAAAUAUUGAUCUGUUUCUCACCCACACCUAUCAUAUCGCCUUUGAAGACAUGGAUUAAACUGCUGGAGUCGUAUGGAUUACUUUUAUGCUGCCUUUGUGAUUUUUGGAGCUUCAAAGUUCUGGUCACCAUUCACUUGCAUUGUAUGGACCUACAGAGCUAAGAUAUUCUUCUAAAGAUAUUCUUUGUGUUCUGCAGAAGAAAGAAAGUCAUACACAUCUGGGAUGGCAUGAGGGUGAGUAAAUGAUGAGAAUUUUCAUUUUGGGGUGAACUAUCCUUUAAGUGUACAUUUUGUGCAUGCUUUGGAAGUGUGUGAAUGAGUUUGGGUAAAUCUGAGCAGGUCUGCCUUUAGCAUUACACUGGAUAAAUAUCAGUGUAUCCUCUCAAAACUGCACUGUAUCAGUAUUGUUUUUGAAAGGAAACAAAUAAUGAGUUCCAUUUAAAUAUUUGUGUCUGUGUUCAGGAAACAGUUUAGCAUGACAUCAAUGAACAUUUGACCAUCAUAAUAAAAGUGAGUUUUGCUA